CAUUAUUAACCAGCAAAGUCAACAUACUCAUUAAUGUUCUAGAUGUCAAUGAAUUUCCUCCAGAAAUAUCUGUACCAUAUGAGACAGCUGUGUGUGAAAAUGCCAAACCAGGACAGAUAAUUCAGAUAAUCAGUGCUGCAGACCGAGAUCUCUCACCUGCUGGGCAGCAAUUCUCCUUUAGAUUAGCACCUGAGGCUGCCAUCAAACCAAAUUUUACAGUCCGUGAUUUCAAAAACAACACAGCUGGAAUUGAAACCGGAAGAAAUGGAUACAGCCGCAGGCAGCAAGAGUUGUAUUUCCUGCCUGUGGUAAUAGAAGACAGCAGUUACCCGGUCCAGAGCAGCACAAACACAAUGACAAUCAGAGUUUGUAGAUGUGACUCUGAUGGCACCAUUCUGUCUUGUAAUGUGGAAGCAGUUUUUCUACCUGUAGGACUUAGCACGGGGGCUUUGAUUGCAAUCCUUCUAUGCAUUGUUAUACUUUUAGCCAUAGUUGUGCUGUAUGUAGCUCUGCGAAGGCAGAAGAAGAAAGACAGCCUGAUGACCUCCAAGGAAGACGUCAGAGACAAUGUCAUCCACUACGAUGAUGAAGGCGGCGGGGAGGAGGAUACGCAGGCCUUUGACAUUGGGGCACUGCGAAAUCCGAAAGCGGUUGAAGAGAACAAAAUUCGCAGGGAUAUUAAACCAGACUCUCUAUGUUUACCACGUCAGAGGCCAGGACCGGUGGAAGAUAACACAGACAUAAGGGAUUUCAUUAAUCAAAGGCUACAGGAAAAUGAUGUGGACCCGACGGCCCCACCCUAUGACUCCUUGGCCACAUACGCCUAUGAAGGCAAUGGGUCUGCGGCAGAAUCGCUCAGCUCCAUAGACUCUCUCACCACCGACACUGACCAGGACUACGACUAUCUGGCUGAGUGGGGACCCCGCUUUAAAGUCUUGGCAGACAUGUUUGGCGAAGAAGAGAGCUAUAACCCCGAUAAAGUCACUUAGGGGAGAGGUGAAGGCUAACACAACUGAGAGGAGAAGUUUUUAACAAAGAACACAAAUGGAACUCACAUACAUGUAUACACAUGCACACACAGGCUUUAUAGAACAAGAUUCCUUUGAUGAUCUGGUUUCUAGCAAGUUGCUAUAUUUAUAAUGUUGUCAGUUCGUCAAUUUUGGUUUAUUCUCCCUACACAAGAUAAAUCCUAAUAUAUAUACGCCCUUUGUUUUGUUUUGUUAUUUCGGAAACACACUGAGACAAGCUCAGGCCUAUUAUGUACAAUUUACUGACAUAACAACCUAGAAUGAAGAUAGCUCUGUGGCAUCACGGUGGAAGAGUGUUAGAUUUUUCUUAAUUCCACUAAAGUGCCUAUUGAAACUCUUAUCAUUUAAAGUGGUGUACACUACACUCUGCCGUGAUGGCAUUGCGGGAUACAGAGUUAAAGAGGAAUAAAACAAAGACACCUUCUCUAUGUCAAGGAGCAGUAGCAACACGCUGACUUUUCUCAUUCCUUUUGAGAAAUAUAGAACACUUCCUGAACACCAUCUUUGUAUAACUCAAAAGCUUUUCCCUUUUAAUCUGUAUGCCAAGACACAUUUGUUUUUCUUACACUCUCAGAAAAUUGAAGUAAAUGUGGUAAUAUCCAAUUCAAAAUGCUAAGUGAAGAAGUCUAAAAGCAAUGUUUGAUCUUAACACUAGUUCAUGUUAAAGAUGUGAAUUAAAAUAUUAAGUUUUUCCCAAAAACUAGACAUUUUAAAACAUAAAUUAAAAAAUCUCUCUUUAUAAAGAGUGGCCUCAGGGCUCAAAUGCCACAUUAAAAUAAAUAGUGGUUUUGUUUAAUACUGUACUGGUGUGUGAAAACUGGUUUUAAAAAAUCACCAAAUCAUUUUCAUUUUCAUAGGUAAAAUUUCUGCUUGCGUUUAUAUGAAAAUUUAAGAAGGAAAAAAGUGUUUUUUAUUUGAACAUGGGAAGAAAAGAUUACACAGUUUCCUAGAGUUUCUUACAAUCUAGUGAUUCUUUGAUGAGUAGUGAAAAUAAAAUGCACAUCAAGUAGCAUGGGCUAGAUUUAUAACAUGCCCACAAAUCUUUAUUAUUUAUUACUUAAAAAUUAAAAAUCAGGGACUUCAGAAACUAAAACCAAUGACUAAAGCCCAAAAUGCACACAAAUGCAAAAUCAGGCAGCUGAUCCACUUAUUUUAUGAGAUGUAUUUCAAUUUGUAACACAUGCUUCUUAAAUCCAAGCUUAGCAUGACCUCUUUCCUCUCUCAUCUGCAAGAAUUCCCAUACACAUGAUCUCUUAACAUUCUCUGGUAAACAACUUUUUCAGUUUGAUGUACGCUUCUGAGAAAUAUUACAUUUUAGGUGUAUAUUAGUAAUUCAUAUUCAUUUUACUUUCAAGUAGAUUGUACACUAUCUAAAAUUGGACAUAACAUAUAUAAACUAAUCAUGAAGUAAUAUAUUUUCUCAGUAUUAUGACUAUCCAAGUAACUACUGGAAUAUUGACACUGUAAGAAAAGAAUAAAUUUUCUUAUAGGUCCUUUCAAAAGAUAUGGUCAAUAUCUUGUAUUUAUAAAAUAUCUAUGAAAACAUUUAACAUGUGCAAAGUUGUAAAGGUAAAAAUUUACACUUGGGAAAAUAGGGUUCAAUAUGUAUAACAUAAGGAACGUCAGCAUUAUUCUUUCAUAAAUGCUUACUUUAAAAUUAUCUGACUGGUGUGGAUGUGGAGGCAGUGUGUCCAUCGGAACCUGCUAUUCUCAUUUCUUUCUUGAGGUUAGCCAUACUCUCCUUUUCUUCCUAUAAGAGAUGACUCUUGAACUUAUUUUUCUCUAUUCUGUUCCCCAGCAUUACUUUUGUUUUAUCCAUGGAGACUGCAUUACACUAUCCAUGCAGCUUAACAGUUCGCAGUAUAGUACGUUUUAUUAACUACUUAUAAAAAAUUUUUAAAAAGCUCAUAUCAAAGAGAAAAAUAAUAUCACUCUCCGAUUUGCCCCAAGCAACCUGGUUCUCUCUGGAAGGAAGAAUGACCUCCUGAAGAAGGUUGAUAUGCAAGAUCACUUCCUACAAAGAAAAUGAUUCUUGCAGAGAUCAUUGCAUUUUGGAUUUUGCUAGAAUACAACUGCCUCUAGCUGUAGUCAUUCAGCAGAUGCUAUGAUGCUGUGAAGACAAAUUGGGAGGACCAGGUCAUUUCAAACCGCUUGAUGCUAAGCAACAAUAUGAAAUAUGCAGGCCUCAUUUUCAUCACAACAAAAAUCAUUUCUACAGUGUCUCCACCUUUACUUUUUACUUUUUUUCCAACACUACAAUGUAUUUUUGCGAGAGCUGCUGUAACAAUCUAUCUCAGAUGGAGUGGCCUAAGGAGGGUCUUUCUUCUUGGCUUGCAGGUGGCUCUGUUUUACCAUUUCCACACAUUCUUCACCCUGUCCUUCUUUGUGCUCUUAUGUCUUAUAACAGCAGUUGCAUUACAUGAGGCCCUAUGUGUAUGUUUUCUUUUGAAUUUACCUACCUCUGUAAAGGCCCUGGCUCCAAAUACAGUCACAUUUUGAGGUACCAGAAAGUAGGAUUUCAGCAUAUGAAUUCAUUCCAUAGCAACCAUACAGACAUUAUGAGCAACUGUUUAGACAAAAACCAGUUUAUUUACAAAAACACAUACAAAUAUAUGAAGAAAAACUAUUUGGAAAUACUUUAGGCACAAUGAAACUCUGCAAAGUUUAUACUGGUAAGAAAAGACUUUUGUUUCUCAUAAAUUGGAAAUAAGGGAUAUCUUUUAUGCUAAGUAAAGCACUAGGCUUAAUAUUUCAAUAUUUGCAAUGUUUGAGAUUAAUUUAUAGUUAUAAUAGAAUGACUGUCCUUUAUUCAAAUAUUAGCAAUAUAAAGAUUGUUCAGAACUGAUCUGGGUAAUUUUGAUCAUUAACAUUAAUUAAACCAUAAUUUUGUCAUUGACUUACAUCUUUAUCUUUGCAGAAGUAUAUUUGUACAUAUUAUAGCUAACAUGUAUGUUAAUUAUAUAUUUCAAAAAUAAUACUUUUAUGCUCAAAGAAGUAUUAGAUCAACACAUAUGAGUCAAGAAGUAUGACUGACUUAUUAGAAAUAACUUAAAAUUGCUUUUGUACCAGAUUCUAUUUCCCACUAAAAAUGUCCUAUGGGGCAAGCAACUUAACCUCUCAGUGUUCCAUUCAUGUGGGUGAAAUUAAUUUGUCACACUUACUGUUGUGUCAGAUUCCCCUGAAAUUUCUUGACACUUAUAUUCUCGUUAUAAUCACUUGAAAUUCAUUAAAUAAUUUAAGAACAAUUGUAGAAAAUUUUGAAAAUCAUUGAGAUCUUUAAGACAUAAAUAGUGAAAAUCUUUGCUCUAUAAAUUUAACUGAUCAUACAUUAAAGCUCACUACUUCUACCACAGCAAGAAAACCGUUACUGUUUUAAGUAUAAACGCAGAAAUUCUUCAGAAAAUCAGUAGUUAGAGCUGUGCAUAGGAAGAAAGAUAAAAAUAUAUUAAAAUAGCUAGAGCCAAGAUUUAAUAGAAGGAGAAAAAAAAGAAUAGGAAGAAAAAAAUUAGAAGGAUGUAAUAUUGCAUAUAAAAAUUUCUGCAAAUGUUUCAGUUAACUAUUGUAUUAAAAAGGGAUGGAUUUUGUAUUUUCUUUAUUAAUAUCUACUUUUAAUACAUUAAAAUUAAAAAUGGAAAUUUAAAGCUGGUAUAAGCUUAGCAGAGUUAACUUAUAGAAGGCUCUGAAAUCAAUCCUUGGCAUGAUUAAAAGACAAAAAGGAAUUCCUAAGAGCAGAUAUAAAUAUGCAAGCAUUAUAUCUGAAGUGGUCCUCAAUCUAUGGCUAGAGUCUAAAAGAAGAGUUUAUACAAUUUACUAAAUAGCUUCAGUUUCCUUCUAAAAAAUGUGUAUUUGGGGAGGGAUCAUUUUAUAAAUAAGUCUUUGCUUGAAAUUUUCCUUUUGUCUCCUCACCUAAUUUGUAGUUCGCCUAUAUCCCCAAUUCCUGUUUUGAAUUUGAUUUUUCUCAGUAUUGCGAAGGUGUAUUUCUGUCAUAUCCAAGCUGCCAACAUGGUUGGCAAGGCAAGGGGAAGAUGGCACCACUCUUUCCUCUAUGGGUGGGAUGGAUUUUACGUGACAAUACUUGGAAUUUUCUUACUCCAGUUUUAAUGAAAUUUCACAUCAAUGAGCUGAGUCUUCUGUCAUUUUUCGUCUCGAUAGUCAAACCCCUUUUCAAUAUGGAGCCUUGGAGAUUUCCUUUUAUUCAUUCAUUGGUGUUUUCCCUGUUUGCUCUGUUGGAUUUUUAAUAUGUGGUUUCUGGAAUCUUACAAUUUUUUUCCUCUUGUCUUCCUCUUCUGAUACUCUUUGCAAGGUUUUUGUUUAUUUGUUUGUCUGCUUGUUUGUUUUUUUCGGGAGUACUGUGGUGUUGUCUCUUCUCUUUCUUAAUCCAGUUAUUCUGGUGUUUUUAGAUGAGUUUUUUCUUUGCUGUGGAUGGUCAUAGCUUUAAAUACUAUGUAGUGCUAUUUUUUUCUCUCAGUUGUAUACUUUAGAAAAGUAAAGAGAAAAGAAAAUACAGGUAUUCAGUUUAAUUUAUUUCAUUUCAACCUCAUCUCUCUUUCCACUUAAUUUGACAAAAUCCUGACCUCAUGCGGUCCUGCGUUGAGAUGCUGUGUUGUACACACACUGGGGGCCUGGCUUUCUAGUCCACCUGUUUGCUGUUGUCUCAUCAUGCCUCUCCAUUACCUUCUAGUAGUUUACCCCAAGUAUCUGUCUCCUGAUGGACAACAUGCCUCAGGCACAAUAUAUGACUAAGCACAUACAUCUAAUAUAGAAAUUAUAUGUAGAAAAAGUUAAAAGUAAAUACUCAAAUGUCAAUAAGUUAAUCAUCAUUGUAGCAAUUUCUUAGUAAGGGAGAUAUGAACAAUAACCAAAAUAAAACAAAGAUGGGGAAAAAAAAACCCUGACACUUCAACUGUUUUGUUCAUUUUUAUAAAACAAUGGUAUUGAUUGUUUUAUAAAAUAAUGAUAUUGAGUCUAUUGUGUAUGUAUGCACGCAUAUACAUAAAUACUUACAUAUCAAUACAUCUAAUUUGCAUUGUGGACACUCACUUAAUUCUUUAAAUUCUUUAACUUUUGUUUCUUUGCAAUGCUGCAAGUUGAACCAGGGCCAGAUAGUUUCUAUUUCUAUUUAUUUGAGACAAGGUCUUGGUACAUCUCUAAAUUUCCCAGACUGAGCUUGGACUUAUGACCCUUCUGCCUCAGCCUCCUAAAGUGCUGGGGUUACAGUCGUGCACCCACAUGUCUGGCUACUUACAAUGCUUCCCUGACACAUUUUCAUAAUAAUCAGUAUCACUAAACCUCUCAAAAAGUCUUAAUUUUUUUCAAGUUUGAAUUUAGUCACAUAUUGUUUUUAUUGUCUCACUUAAAAAUUAAAGAGAGGAGGGAUAAGAGUGCCUAAACAAUUUGUAUAAAACCAAGCAAUAAUAAAGGAAUAAAGUCCUUUAAUUAUGUAGAAUAAAAUAAAUCUAAUGCCAGCUUCCAUAAUUGGCUCUUUCCACUGUUUUUCCAAUUUCUACACUGAUAUUCAUUAGAACAAAAUGACAACAAUGACGAACUCCAGUAAUUUUGGUCCAUACUACAACAUUGUAUUGUACUUCAUUAAGAAAAAUCACCGUCAUUAUCAAUUCUGGUGUCAAUAUUCAACCUAAGAAUCAAAAUUGUUGGAUAUACUAGUUUUCCAUCAUAUGGGUAAAAAAUAUUACAUAAUGUAAAAUAUUCAUCUGCUCAUAAUCAAUAAUCCAGGUGUUUUUAUUUUCUCCUCCUAUAAACAUCCACAUUAUUCAUGUAAAUACUACUCUACUCUUACCUUUCUGAGCUUCCAAUUCAAUUAUUUCUGUCUGCCUUUAUUUUCAGUUUUCAAUGGCUGCAGCUAUAACAUAACCAUUAACAUCAACGAAAUCUUCUAUUUCCAAGUGUAAUUUACAUAAUAUAUAUAUGUCUCCCAAUCUGUUAUCCACCAAAUAUGAUAUUGGCUGUGAUUGAAAAUUGUGUAUAAUAAUCAGCAAUUCUUUUUAUCAUCUGCUCUGUCGAAAUUUUAGAAAAUGUAACAAUAAUAGAGCUUCUAAUGAUGAGUGCUAUGCCAAAAAUUAUGCGAUAUUUAAUGCUUUCAAUACCUGAUGUGAUGCACAUUAUUAUCUUUAUUUUACACUUAAUAGAUUAGGCUUAGUACUAUAAUGUAAUGUGUCUUUUUAGAUAUAAUUAGCACUUGGCAGAGCCAGGACCCAAAGAGAAUUCUGAAAUGCUCACUCCAGCCUUCUACACUGAUACUGUAUAUUGCACUUUCCUACCUCACUUACUUAAAACGGACUAACAACCUGGAGUCUCUUUUGAAGUUCAUCAGUAACUUCAUACUCAAAAACAUCCAGUGAUCCUUCCUUUCAUCUCUCUGUGAUGUUUGAAGUUAAACAAACUAGCAUAUCUCACCUUCAAACUCCUGGGUCCUACUCUUGGUUCAUUGAUUUUUUUUUUUCUUUUUUCUUUUAAGACUUCUGUACCCUUUCCCACCCUACUUAAAUGAUUACACAGAGUUUUCCUUUCUGUUUUAUCAUCAAUAUUUGGGAUUCUCCUAACAGCAAUUUUUGUCUUUUCAUAAACAGUAUUCAGAAUGUUUAAGUAUCUAUAUGUUGUAUAUGUUACAAACAACUUGCAUAUAGAAUAAUCAUAAAUGUUACAUAUAACAAAUUUAAAUAUAAAUUAUAUUUACAAUCUUCUGACUAUAUAUACCAUGCAAUCCAACAGCUUCAAACUCAUUACAUAAAAAGGUAAGUCUACAACUUCCUCUUUCUGAAUUUUAUAUUUUUAUUUUUAUAUGACCACUGAACUCACUCUCUCUCUCUUUCUCUCUCUCUCUCCUCUCUCCGAUAAUCUCCAUUCCCUAUCAUUUGCCCCACUAUGUCAAUUCUGUUUUUACUGAGAUAUUCAAGACCUUCAUUUCCAGUUUUGAUCCCACCGUCUUAUUGUCCUACUAUUGAAAUAAUCAUUUUAAAAUAAAUUCUAAAAUCACUAAAAUGGCAUAGAAAACAUCUAGGUGUAAACUUCAUAUCUGGGUUAUAUCCAGUUUCCUCUAUAAAUAGCUUACAUUCAUAUGGUACACUUUUACAAUUAAUUUAUUGAUAUUAAUUCCUUUUUAAGUAGUCUAAAUUUUAUUCAAAUCUUUUAAAAACAUUUUUAUUCAACAUAAGUUUAUUUUCCAGGAUCCCAUCCAUGGUUAGUCAUUGCAUGCAAUAAUUCCAUUUCCUUAUAGUCACAUGGGUGUAAGAGUUUCUCAGCCUUCUUGUUUUUAGUGUUCCUGACAGUCUUGAGGACUACUGAUCAGUUUCUUUGUAGGAAGUCCCUCCCAUGACUUUUGUCUGACUUUUAUCCUCUUGCGAUUAGACAGGGGAUGUGUAUUUUAGAGAAGACCAGAGGAGUAAAGUGCCACACUUAUUAUUCUGUAUCACAGGGGUAUACAGUUCAAAUGACUUUCUACUGUUGAUGUUACCCUGGGUCAUCUUGAGGCAGUUUGUCAAGUUUCUUUAUUGGAAAUUAUUUGUCCCUGACCUCCUACUGCAGUUCUUGCUCACACUGAACUAGUGCAGAAUUAAGCUCCAUGUCUUGAAGGCAGUGUAUCUACAUGGAAUGUUUGGACUGUCCACAUGAGAGGUGUGUCUAUUAGCCAUUUGCAUACUCAGUUACUUAAAUAGAUAGAUAUUUCUGUGGUACUUAGAUUUAUAAUGCAUUAUUAAUUUUUAAGGCUUCUAUGGUCCUUUACCUAUCUUUAUUAGUUUUGUUUUUAUGUGUCUACUGUACGUUUGUUUGUAUGUUUUGACUUCUGUCUUACAGUCUACCACUGAAGACUCCAAGCUCAUCUAAAAACAUUUUUGUCCUAGUUCUGGAAUCUGCAAUCUCUCCAAAAAUGUCCCCUUUUUUUUUUAGAACAUUACCUUGUAAACGAAUAUGGGGAUGUUGAUUAUAUGCUUCUUGACGCUGAUGUGUUUGUUUAGAUCCUCUCUGGAAGUAGCAGGAGAUAUAUGUGUGUAUAUCAGCCCAUGUAUCUGUAAUCUACAUCUAAAAAUGUUUCAUGUGGACCUACACUAAGCUAUCUAUGAGUUCAUAGUAAUGUCUCCAAUUAUACUCUUUUAUCACACGGAUCUUUACCUACAGUCUUCUCUGCUGCUUAUGUAAUCAUUCAUGCCAGCACUGAGAAACCUACCUCCCACCAUUCCCCGUUCAUUUAGGAGAUUAUUCAGCUCCAGUGUAGAUGUGUGAUAUUAAAUGUUGUUAAGCCAUAAAUUCAUGCAGGCAGCUUUAUCAGAGUUCUAUUUUUGUUGUUAAUCUUUUAUUCCACUAAUUUUCAGUGCUAUUUGCCAUAUAAUUUUUCAAUGAAGUAGUUUCAUCCAUUUAUUAAUAAGAAGUUCCUUUUGUCACAUGGUUCAUUCUACCCAUAGAUUCUUUAUGCACCUAAUAAUUAUUAGUUUACUAUAUGUGCUACAAACUUGUAUAGAUUUUGACAUCUGCAUAGUGUUGUUAAUCCAGCAAUAUAGUCCCUACAGAAAAACUUCACAUUAAAAAUCUUCUGUUUCACAUAUUCAACACCUUCUUCCCCAAACUCUUGGAAAAUAGAUUUGUUUAGGAUUCUGUUCUCCAUACUGUUAUAUAAAUGGAAUAAUACAUUGUAUAGCUUUCACAGACUUUUUUCAUUCAUCAAUAUUAAUUUAAGAGUCAACUAUGACUUUGUGUUGUAUGAUAGUGCAUUUAUUUCUAUGGAAUUGCAUUAUAUUGUAUUAAUUCAUUCCCUUACAGAAGAACAUUUUGGUUGUUUUGAGCAUUUGCUGAUGAUGAAUAAAGCUUCUAUAAAUAUUCAUGUACAGGUCUUUGUGUGAAUAUACAUUUUGAGAUCAUUUUGGAAAUUACCUAGACAGCAAAUGGUUGAACUUCUUAUAUCGUAAGAUAUUAUUUCACUUUUUAAGACACUGUCAUUGUGUCCUACAAAGUGAGAGAAACAUUUUGCUUUUCAACUAGGAAUGCAAGUUCUUGCUGCUGUUCUUUCUCACCAGGAUUGAGAUUGUCUAUUUCUUGGAAUUCAGCCAUUGUAAUAGGUGUGCAGUAGUGUUUUGUUGAUUUUUAAUUUAAAAUUUCUAAAAUUUCUCCAAAUUUUUGGCUUGUCUUUUAUUCUCUUAAAGUGUCUUUUACAAGGUAAAAAUUUUAAAUUUGAAUAAAAUCUAAUAUUUUUUCUUUUAUAAGUCAGAUUUUAUGGUUGUUAUCUCAUAGUCAUCACCAAA